AUGUGUAUGCUGCUUUUGAAGAAUAAAUUGUUCAUUUUUAAAACAGCAAACGUUCAACAGCAACAUGUUGACGAUUUGUUGUCAAGAGAUUGUGAUCAAAGUGGUGCAUAUAUCGAAACUCCCACAGACGAAACAUUCAGUAUAGAUAAUGGAUUACUCGACAUCACACAUAAUGAUGGUGAUGUUUCUUCUACAAACAGUCAUGAUUUGAAUGAUAUGUGCACAAAAGCAUUAGAAGAUUUGUACAUAAAUGUGGACAAUAUAACAGAAAAUGCCAGUGUUUAUACGCACAGUAUUUCAGAUGCCAGUAAUAAUACUGAACAGAAUUGAAUAGAAGAUGAAGAAUCUGGAGAAAGAAUUUGCUGCUGCAAACCAUGCAUUUCGACAAUAAAACUAUCAUGCGGUCAUAUUUAUAUUUGUACAAAAAAUAAAUAAAUCAUGUCUAACAUACUCUAAUUUGAAAUAAAAUAUUUAAUAUUUCUUUUACCUUAAACAUAUUUCCCAAUCUAACUUGCGAGAUCGUAAGUGCACCACUUUAUUUAAUAUUUUUGCCAUUUGUCCAAGUAUUUAAAUAAAAACAGUAUAUCGUAAUCGACAC